UUAAAGGAUUUGUUGGAGCAGUUGAAUAGUGAUGUUUCUUCGCCGAGUUGUAUCAACAACAAGAAGGACGCGAAUUUUGUCAAAUUUGAGUAUGUUGUGGACAUGUUCAUGGUUGAACCUUCUUCGGAAUGGAACAAUCAUGUAGACAAUGUCAUUAAAAAAACUAAGCUCUUGAAGGAAAUUCUUGAAUUUGCACAUAUCGAUCUUCGUGGAAAAUUAGGAUGUCCCAAGCGUUGGAGUUGGACAAAUAAAUGGGGGACGAAAAGGACGCUUUNUAUCCCAUGUCCUUUUCGGCAACCUGGCUCUUCCAAAGAUAAAAUUAUUGGGAAGAAUUUUCAGGAGAAGAGGAUGCAGACGGAGGUGGUGGCAUCUCCUUCGUUUUCAGCUGCUGGUCAGCAAAAACAUGCCAAAUUAGACAAUUUCCUUGAAGUUCCCCCAAUUUCAUCAUAUUGUCUCCCCUAUAUGCAGUGUUCUUGCACUCUUGAGUUUGAUGGGGCUUCAAAGGGGAAUCCUGGACUAGCUGGUGCCGGGGCUGUUCUACAUGCUGGUGAUGGAAGUAUGGUUUUCCGGUUGCGUGAAGGUGUGGGUGUUGCAACUAACAAUGUUGCUGAAUACAGAGGCCUAAUCUUAGGGCUAAAAUAUGCUAUUGAGAAAGGUUUCAAACAUAUUAAAGUUCAGGGCGACUCAAAACUUGUCUGCAUGCAGACUCAGGGAAUCUGGAAAUGUAAGAACCAGAACAUGGCUGAGCUAUCCAAGAUCGUCAAAGAGCUUAAAGAUCAGUUUAUAUCAUUCCAGAUCAACCAUAUAUUAAGAGAAGGCAAUACUGAAGCUGAUGCCCAGGCAAAUUUAGCUGUGUAUCUCAAGAAUGGUGAAAUUCAAGUGGAAUGUGACAUGAAAUAACUUAUAAUAAUGUGAAGUUACCGACUACCUCAAUUAUUGGGAUUUUGGGUAGGAUGAAUGACCCCUAAAGACGAGUAAUGGGCUCUCUGUGGUCUCAAACUGCGUCUUGUUCCUUGUAGAUAUAUGAUCUGAAUUAUGUGCAUGUAACCUAAUUAUGCAUCUGGACUAGUGCAGCUUGUGUUUAGGGUGUACUCGAAUAAACUAUUCUCUGGUUUCAGGUGCAAUGAAAAUUAGUAGGUCUAAUUGAGUUUUGAGAAUGUGAAA